AAUCAGAUUGAAGCAUGGGCGGCAUUUGUCAAGAACGUCAACAAGAAGUAACCAUCAGUUACGCUGUAAAACUUAUGUUGAUGUUUAGGAAGUUUUAGAAAUGAAUAGAUCGUUAUUAAUACAAGAACUGCGUUGUUUUUGACCAGUUGCAUUUUAUUAGAUUAUCCAUUUUUGUUAUUAAUUUUAUCAAGAGCUUUCGUUUGGAAUGGAUGCAGCGUGGAUUCAUUGUUUGUUUACAUAGUGAAUCAUGAGAUCAGCUGACUAACGUUAGCUAGCUAGCUACCAAUUUCUGGUUUAGCAAAGCAGCUAACGUUAAUGUGUUUGGAAAUUAUCGUUCAGUAUUCAUGCUUCCCAAAGCACAUUUGAAACGAACUCUUAUAUACCAAGCUAUAGCUGGCAGCGGUAAUAGCUAGUUGUUAGCUAGCUAGCUAGCUUGCUAGCAUUAGCUUUGUUUUCAGCAAUCUCACCCAUUGACAUAGUAAGUGUAGGACGCUGGCUAACUUGCUGUGGCUAACUAGCUUACCAUUAAAAAUAUGCCUUGUACUUGUGGCAACUGGAGGAGAUGGAUUCGGCCUCUGGUCGUUCUUCUAUACUUUCUGGUUGUGCUUCUCGUCCUACUACCCCUGUGCAUCUGGGAACUACAGAAAUCCGAGGUUGGUACCCAUAACAAAGCAUGGUUCAUAGCUGGGAUAUUCGUGUUCAUGACCAUACCCAUAUCACUAUGGGGGAUCCUGCAGCAUCUUGUAAACUAUACUCAACCAGAGCUACAGAAGCCAAUUAUCAGAAUAUUAUGGAUGGUCCCCAUUUACAGUCUGGACAGUUGGAUUGCGUUGAAGUACCCCAGCAUUGCCAUCUACGUGGACACGUGCAGGGAGUGCUACGAGGCAUACGUCAUCUACAACUUCAUGAUCUUCCUGCUCAACUACCUGGGAAACCAGUACCCCAGCCUGGUACUGAUGCUGGAGGUGCAGGAGCAGCAGAAACACCUUCCUCCCCUCUGCUGCUGCCCGGCAUGGCCCAUGGGAGAGGUAUUGCUAUUGAGAUGCAAGCUGGGAGUGUUGCAGUACACGGUUGUCAGACCAGUCACAACAGUUAUUGCCUUGAUAUGUCAGCUCUGUGGUGUGUAUGAUGAAGGUAACUUCAGCUCAACCAAUGCAUGGACGUACCUGGUGAUAUUCAACAAUAUGUCGCAACUGUUUGCCAUGUACUGUUUGGUCCUGUUCUACAAGGCCCUAAGAGAGGAACUGGCCCCCAUCAGACCAGUGGGGAAGUUCCUGUGUGUCAAAAUGGUGGUGUUCGUCUCCUUCUGGCAAGCUGCGUUCAUCGCUCUCCUGGUCAAGGUUGGAGUGAUCUCAGAGAGACACACGUGGGACUGGGACAGUGUGGAGGCUGUAGCUACAGGCCUACAGGACUUCAUCAUCUGUGUGGAGAUGUUCCUGGCGGCCAUCGCCCACCACUUCAGCUUCACCUACAAGCCCUACAUCCAGGAGGCUGAGGAGGGAUCCUGCUUCGACUCCUUCCUGGCCAUGUGGGACAUCUCUGACGUCAGGGCUGACAUCUCUGAGCAAGUCCGCAACGUCGGGAGAACGGUUAUGGGCCGAACUAGGAAGACCUAUUUUGGUGAGGCGGAGGACGACGGUGAGCGCUCAGGCUUGCUUUCUCCAGGCUCCCUGGACGCCAUCGGUCCCACGGAGACCUUGUCCAACCCGGCGUCCCCCAUGGGUCGGUACCAGGGCCUGGGCAAAACCCAAACGCCCCACUCCCUGUCAGCCCCCGCCGGGCUCAGCAAUGCUCAGUGGAUUGGAGAGGGAGAUGGAGAGGAGAGGGAAGACGAUGGUAGACAAGCUCCAGAGCCCGGAAACACCACCAACGAGCCAACAGACUCGGUUACAGACGACCUUGUCGUUAUCACCUAGCUUAGCGUCAUCGCUAAAAUCCUCCAAUGGGGUCUCUGAAUGCACGUUAUACCAAACACAGUUUGGCAGGAACCAAGUAUGGCCUCGGCUACGUUUCCCCUACAGACGAUAUUUGGCUAAUCCGCACAAGACCAAAUUAAAGCAAGCGAUGAAAAAGCACACGUUAAUUAAGAAAUAUUGUAGUGAGUCAUUCGUCCACCAGGGUUGAUGCAGAUGGACCUCUGUCAAUGACAGCUCGAAGAAUGUUCAUAAGCUUUCGUAAGGGUCUCAUGACACUUAAGAUAUCUUUUCUUGUAUCUGUAUUGUACUACUGAGUCAUAAUGGUAAAGUACAGUACCUCAAUACCUUAUUUUAGUGUGACCCCUCAUUUUAAUGGGUCCGGACUUUCAAGUUCAAAAGCUGGUGAGAUUUUACCAGUAUACGUGUUCUAUAAUAGCACCUGGGUGAUGUCACUACAAGCUCGUUAAUCAUUUACCAAGGGUUUUAGUUGUUGCUACGAAAACAUUCAAAGUAUUAUUUAUAUAUGUAGCUUUUAAACUGAAACUUACACAAAAUACUGGUUUGCACCAAUGAUUGAUUUAUAUACAGUACCACUCCCUCAAGGGUUUUUCUUUAUAAAAAAAUAAAAAAAUACAAAAAAUAA